GGAUUGAUCAUGCAGCCCCACAUGAUGGCCUCGGGCAGCGGCCCCGCUCCCGGCGGUGCUGGUCCGGUCGGCACGACUCUCGGUCUCGACACGGCCAGCGGGAACCCGGGCGCCACUGCCGCCCCCUAUCCUGGGCCUCUGCAAAGUGGCGCCAGUUGCGGAGUCACUUCCGGGGAGGCUGUUACCAUCGACGUUGGCGAAGCGGUACCAGAGAGCGCUGAAGUCCCGGAACAGUCUGGUCUGUACCCCGGCUCCGAGCUUAUACUCCCACCUGAAGUCGUGAGCUUCAUCCGCGAGAAGCUUAUGCCUACCGCCCAGUACGACGUCUCAUCCGCCCUGGUACCUCUUCGGUACCAAAGCGAAGGGCUCGGAGGCUCAACCCGACCCUGCUGUGGAGCUGAUGCGGCAGAAGUUCGAGAAGGCGUACAAUGUACGUGCCCCUUCAAGGUAUCUACUCUCGGCCAAGAUCUUCGCCAAGAUCCGUAA